AUGUACACGAUACUUCCAGGGAGCUUUGUUGUAUUGCAAGCAAUAGGACUUUGGAAAUCUCAUACACAUCAAAAAUACAAUAAUGAAAAUUCAUCACUGAUAUACAAUUUUUGGUAUCGACUUCGUACAUUUGUAAUAUUCUUUCUUAUUUAUUCAUUUACAAUUACUGGAAUAACUGGAUUAAUAUCUACUACUAAAAAUAUUGGAGAUGUUACAAGUGACUGUUUUAUAUUAUUAUCUAUUUUUGCUAUUUGUGGUAAAAUAGCUAAUAUUGUAUGGAGUCGUAAAACAAUUAUUUUGAUAUUAAAUACACUUGAAACAAAUCCAUGCAAGCCGAUUAAUGACGAUGAAAUUAUUAUUCAAGAAAAAGUUGAUCGUCUUAUUUGGCACAGCACACUUGUAUAUGGAAUAUUAACAGAAAUAACAGUAUUUAUGGUAACAUUUGGUACCUUGUUAUUAAAAUUACCAAUAGGUACUUUGCCAUACAAUACUUACCUACCAUGGGAUUAUUCACACGGAUUUUUGUACUGGCUUGCUUAUGGUUACCAAAUAAUAAGUGUCUGUUUAUCCGCUAACUCAGACAUCGGCUUUGAUACUCUUGUUCCAGGACUUAUGCUGCAAAUAACCGCUAAAUUAGAAAUACUAAAAUAUCGUUUUAUUAAUUUAGUCGAUACGCUUAAAUUAACAACCCACUGGAAUAGUAAUAAAAGUAAUAAAAAUAAUUUGGAGAUUGAAAAUAAAUUAAUUGCUGAUUACGUAAAAUUAGCUGACACCAUUAACGAAACAUUUAAUAAAGUUAUAUUUCUUCAAUUUUUUAUAAGCUCUAUUGUAUUAUGCAUAAGUGUUUAUAACUUGGCUAUUUUAGAUGCUUUUUCAACUGAAUUUACUAGCAUUGUGCUUUAUUUAUCUUGCAUGUUGAUGGAAAUUUUUAUUCUUUGUGCAGCUGGCAAUCAAGUGACAGUAGUGAGUUCAACAUUAAGUGACGCUAUUUAUAAUACUGACUGGAUAAAUUUAAAUACAUCAACCGUGAAAAGUUUAAUAAUUAUAAUGAAUCGUGGACAAAAACCAAUUAUUUUUUCAAGUGGAAGUGUUAUUAAAUUAUCAUACGACUCUUUUAAAACGUUAAUUAAAAUGUCUUACUCUGCAUAUAAUGUGCUACAACGGACC